AUGUUUCCAUUCGUGGUGUUAGCUGUUGCUUUUGUGCAAUGCACGGCCCGAAGUCUUCCUAAUUUUCUCGUAGAGGAUGAAGAACUCUUGAAAAUGUCGAAAAUACUAAGAGCCAAGGAUGUUAACAAAGCCGGGCCCGGUCAAAUACUCAUCAAUUAUCAACUUCAGGUGCAGUCCAGAGAAGGAAUGGACAGUGCAGCUAAACCGUUCUUCACCAGGGUUUCCAGCGAACUCCUCAACAAGCCGUCGUAUAAACGUUUCAUCAACAUGAUGAACAAUUUCUACAAAGAGAUUGGUAUUCCUGAACCGCGAGUUUCUAAAAAACAAGAACGAGAAGAAAUUUCCUUGUUCCUAGACACCAUUCUGGCAACGAAGCCGUGGAAGAUACUCUAUAAAUUUCUCCAGACAAAGAAUCAUCCAUUCGCAGAAGAUCGUGACACUUUCCGAAACAGUAUCAAACAUUUAUGGUUUGAUCACUACUCACGCGCUCGGGGAGAGCUGGACACUUCCGGUUUUGAGCACGUUUUUAUCGGAGAGGAAGAUCAUGGCAUGGUUUCUGGACUUCACAACUGGGUACGAUUUUACAUGCUUGAAAAGAACCCGGCUGAAAACUUUGACUAUAAAGGAUAUAAUGAGAAAAAAGGAUAUGUGAUGGCUGGAUUGACAUUCAUGUGGGGUAAUGCCUUCAAGUGGAAUGGAUCGAUAUUGAUUGGAACUUCACCAGAAUAUGAAAUGGCAUUGUACACCAUGUGCUUCCUUUCCAGAAGAGAAAAAGAUCCUUGCAAGAUUGAACUAGAUGGGAUCCCACUAUCAAUCAACAGUUAUGCUACGGUUCAGAACAGGGAGGUAUACAUAAGCACUAUAUAUCCUACCAUUAGAAAAAGGACGCAGAGAAAAAACAAGAACAAACCCAUUAGAAAAACGCAGAGAAAAAACAAGAACAGACUUUUGGGCCUACGCAAAAAAAUCGCAAUCAUCUCAAAAAUCAACGCGCUGCGCCGGCAAAAAGAGCUGGUUGAUUAAUUACGCUCAUUAUCGCAUUACUCAUUUUCAAAGUCUCUGCAAACAAUCUGGGUCAUCAUGGACAUUGCUCACAAUUUGUGCCAUCAGAAUAAAUGGGUAAUAAAGAGUGCUACAAU